GUCACCCCACACUUGCUCUUUUUGUCUUCUGCAGACCACACCAUGGGGCUCAGCGACGGGGAAUGGCAGUUAGUGCUGAAGAUCUGGGGCAAGGUGGAGGCUGACCUUGCCGGCCACGGACAGGAUGUCCUCAUCAGGCUCUUUACAGCUCACCCUGAGACUCUGGAGAAGUUCGACAAAUUCAAGAACCUGAAGACACCAGACGAGAUGAAGGCGUCCGAGGACCUGAAGAAGCACGGUGUCACUGUGCUCACGGCCCUGGGGGGCAUCCUUAAGAAGAAGGGGCAGCACGAGGCAGAGAUCAAGCCCCUGGCCCAGUCGCAUGCCACCAAGCACAAGAUCCCUGUCAAGUACCUGGAGUUCAUCUCAGAGGCCAUCAUCCAUGUUCUACAGAAUAAGCAUUCUGGGGACUUCGGCACUGAUGUCCAGGGAGCCAUGAGCAAGGCCCUAGAGCUGUUCCGGAAUGACAUCGCUGCCAAGUACAAGGAGCUGGGGUUCCAGGGCUAAGCUCCUGCAGCCCCAUCCCCCCCAACCUGGGCCCUGGACCCGGGAAGUGGGGGCUGAGUCUCAUGUAGCCAUGUAGAGUUUGCUUUUGAGUGUCUGCUUGGUUUAUGAGAGGUGGGCAGGAGAGGCUGAGGGGCUGGGGGUGGGAUGUUCAAGUUGGCU